GCAAGCAUAUAGUGCGACAGUGUGACAGUGGCGAGUAAAAACUCCCUUUUAGGAAAAAAACCUCGGCCAGACCCAGGCUCUCCCAGUGCCGGUUGGGGGAAACAUAGCUGCAAAUAAGGCUAGAAAAUGCUACCAGAUGUUAAGUUUUUAAUAAUAUUGUGACUUAGUACGAUAAGAUCUGUUUUUACUUUUAUUUUAAUAUUAAUUUGCUUCUUCUCACAGCAAUGGCAUUCCAGUCAAACGUGAUCAGCUCGCAGCCUUAGGUCACUGUCACACAGUACACUGUGUCGUCCGGAUUAUCAGAUUGGAGUUCAAAUGUGUGCGACUGCUGUGAAGACUGUGGCAUCUGUCUUUGUGCAACGUUCGUCCCUUGUAUCCUGGGCUGUAAGGUAGCUCAGGACAACGGUGACAGUUAUUGCCUGCCCUUCCUUCCAGGUACCAUGAUUGCUCUAAGGACAAGCAUACGCAGCAAAUACCACAUUGAUGGCUCGGUGUGUGAUGACUGGGUGAUCAUGGCCUGCCUGCCUCUGUGUGGACUGUGUCAGAUGGCUCGGGAGCAGAAGAGGAGAGGAUGAACGGAAUAGUUGUUGAAUCUAAUUUUAAACUGCAAUUGUCUUUAUGCAACAAACCAGUCAAGAAGGACAUUUUCAGCAACACUGACUUUACAUUAAUGUACACACAUUAUUUAUUUUGGAAUGAAA